GCAAAAUAUGGCCUGGUGAGGAAGGGAAGAGGUGAGCAAAACCUUGGACAGAGGGGUGGUGGUGGACAUGGUAUACUUGGACAGAAGGGUGACGGUGGACAUGUAUAAUUGGACAGAGGGGGUGGCGGUGGACAUAGUAUACUUGGACAGAGGAGUGGCUGUGGACAUGGUAUACUUGGACAGAGGGGUGGCUGUAGACGUGGUAUACUUGGACAGAGGGGUGGUGGUGGACAUGGUAUACUUGGAC